AUUACGAAAAGUGUACUCUCUCUUCUCUUCAAGACUACGGAGUUUCCGAAGCUACUCUCUUAACCCAAGAUUCUCCUCGAGCAUUGUUGAUGUAGUUGUUCGCGGGAAUGUGGAAAGAUGUGGCUGAAUGCCGAGACCUUCGUCUCUAAGGUCUGCCCUCCAUCAAGGAAUCCUGCCCUGUAAAUAAGAGAUUGUAGUAGGUUCGUGUUUUUUGAAAUGGAGAAGAAGGGAAGCGUAUUGAUGGGAAAAUACGAGCUUGGGAGGUUGCUAGGUCAAGGAACUUUCGCCAAAGUUUACUAUGGUAUACUUCUUAAAACAGGACAGAGUGUGGCCAUAAAGGUUAUUGAUAAAGACAAAGUGUUGAAGGCCGGGUUGACAAAUCAGACAAAGCGAGAGAUAUCUGUUAUGGGAAUGGUCAAACACAACAACGUGAUGGAGCUAUACGAAGUUAUGGCUACCAAAACUAAGAUUUAUUUUGUGAUGGAAUAUGCGAAAGGUGGAGAGCUUUUCCACAAGGUUGCGAAAGGAAGGCUCAAGGAAGAUAGUGCUCGGAAAUAUUUUCAACAACUGAUUUCUGCUGUUGGUAUUUGCCACAGCAGAGGUGUUUAUCACCGUGAUUUGAAACCCGAAAAUCUUCUGCUGGAUGAGAAUGGAGAUCUUAAGGUAUCCGAUUUUGGAUUGUGUGCGCUCACCGAGUCCAAGCGCCAGGAUGGAUUACUCCACACCGCGUGCGGCACCCCAGCAUAUAUCGCUCCCGAGGUGAUUCGCCAAAGAGGCUAUGAUGGAUCCAGAGCUGACAUCUGGUCCUGUGGGGUGAUCUUAUUUGCCAUGCUUGCAGGUUAUCUUCCAUUCAAAGACUCAAAUCUCAUGGAGAUGUAUCGGAAGAUAAGCAGGGCUGAGUAUAAAUUCCCAAAUUGGUUUCCACCUGAAGUACGAAAGCUGCUAUCACAGAUCCUUGAUCCUAACCCCUAUACUAGGAUUUCCAUAGACGAGAUUAUGCAAAACUCGUGGUUCAAAAAAGGUCUCAAUUCCAGACAAGCUAUGACUAAAGCAGAAGACACAGAAAAUGUCCCUCUCGACUUUGAUUCCAUUUCUGUUUCUUCCUGGAAUGAUAUUCCGACGGAUACGAAGCUGGAAGUGGACAAACCAGCUAACCUGAAUGCAUUUGACAUUAUAUCUCACUCAACUGGAUUUGAUUUGUCUGGUUUGUUUGUGAGCAAUGACCAAAAAGAUGAGGUGCAAUUUACAUCUACAAAGCCGGUUUCUGCUAUCAUAUCAAAACUUGAGGAUGUUGCUGGGAAUCUGAAGUUCAGAGUGAAGAAAAAGGAUCAAGGGUUGAUGAGAUUGGAGGGCUUCAAGGGUAUGAACGGUAUUUUGUCCAUUGAUGUAGAAAUAUUUGAAAUCACUUCGUCGUUUCAUUUGAUCGAGAUGAAGAAGUCGAGUGGCGACUCAGUAGAUUAUCAGAUGAUGUUGAAACAGGAUGUAAGACCAGCUCUUAGGGAAAUUGUUUGGACUUGGCAAGGUGAGCUACAGCAGGGUCAGAAGGAAGGCUAGUGACUGAAUUCUUAGUUCAUUUCUCAGGCUAUUAAGACUCUUGUUUUGGUAUUUUAGUGUUUCUAUAGCUCUGGUAAUCCAUACCAAUGUUACAGUACUAUUUAUUUGUGUGUAAAACAGUAAUAUGGGGGUAUGAAUGCACAUAAACUGGUUUCUAGAAAAUGUGCCUGUAAAGUGUUUUCUGCUGUAAACCGUUCUGCCUAUUUCUAGCCAUGCUAGUCUAGGCCGUAGAGGUCCAUGACCAAUA